CAGGGAGUGCGGGCGCCUCUCGUGGGCGCCGGGCCGCUCGCGGCUGCGCCCGAGGACAGCCUUCGGCGUGAAUCAGGGCCGGCGCUCACUCCCACACGGCGAAGAGCCACGUAAACGGAAUUAGACGGGCGCUGUCCCCGUCUGCUGCUGCUUUUAAACCGAUAAAACGACCUUAGCGAGCGUUCGGGGCCACAGGAGCGCGCGUUUCCGGCCAGAGCGCGAGGAUUGUUUUGCCCAGCAGGUGUGGGAGCAGGCAGCUGGCACAGCCGAAAUGGCCCUGGUGCCCUAUGAGGAGGCCGGAGUGGGGCUGCAGAAAUUCCACAGGCCUCUUGCCACCUUCCGCUUCGCGAACCACACGAUCCGGAUCCGGCAGGACUGGCGGCAGCUGGGCGUCGCCGCGGUGGUCUGGGACGCGGCUGUCGUUCUUUCCACGUAUCUGGAGAUGGGAGCUGUGGAGCUCCGGGGCUGCUCUGCUGUGGAGCUGGGUGCUGGCACGGGGCUGGUGGGCAUAGUGGCCGCCCUGCUGGGUGCUCGCGUGACUAUUACGGAUCGAAAAGUAGCACUAGAAUUUCUUAAAUCAAACGUUCAAGCCAACCUACCUCUCCACAUACAACCCAAAGCGGUUGUUAAGGAGCUGACCUGGGGACAGAAUUUGGGGAGUUUUUCACCUGGAGAAUUUGACCUGAUACUUGGAGCUGACAUCAUAUAUUUAGAAGAAACGUUCACAGACCUUCUUCAAACGUUGGCACAUCUCUGUGGCAGCCACUCCGUGAUUCUUUUAGCCUGUCGAAUUCGCUAUGAGCGGGAUAACAACUUCCUAGCGAUGCUGGAGAGGCGAUUUACUGUGAGUAAGGUUCACUAUGAUCCUGAAAAAGAUGUACAUGUUUACAAAGCACAGAAGAGAAACCAGAGGGAGGGCUUGUAGCUGGCUAUCAUUUAUAAGAAUGUCAUUAUGUGUCAAUUAAGGUCUUAGCCAGGGAAGCUAAGCAUGCUUAAUGAAAUAAAUGGCUUACUGUACAAAAAGUCCAACCAAAGGUUCUUGAGGAACAAACUUUGUCCCACUGCUGUGACUUCUCUCUGGAACUCAAUAACAUUAAAGCGAAGUCUGAGAUUUGA